AUGGAGAUCAUGUAUCAGGCUCUUAAAGAGCUGCUUCCCACAGGUAGCAGCAGGCAGUUCCACCCCCUGGACUGCUACGGCUCUUCCCAGUUCCACCCCCUGGACUGCCGCGGCUGCUUCCCAGUUCCACCCCCUGGACUGUCGCGGCUGCUUCCCAGUUCCACCCCUGGACUGUCGCGGCUGCUUCCCAGUUCCACCCCUGGACUGCUGCGGCUGCUUCCCAGUUCCACCCCCUGGACUGCUGCGGCUGUUUCCCAUGUCUACCCCUGGACUGCUACGGCUGUUUCCCAUGUCUACCCCCUGGACUGCUACGGCUCUUCCCAGUUCCACCCCCUGGACUGCUGCGGCUGCUUCCCUGUUCCACCCCCUGGACUGCUGCGGCUGUUUCCCAUGUCUACCCCCUGGACUGCUACGGCUCUUCCCACCUCUCUCCUCCCCCUCUCUCCUCCCCUCCUCUCUCUCUCUCUAGACAAGCAGAAACCCCAAAUGAACUCAGAGGAGCUCCAGAUGAAAAAGGUGAAGAAGAAAAAGAAGAAGAAACACAAAGAGAGUGAGAGAGAGAAGGAGAAGUGGAAACGUCCCAAGAUGUACAGCAGGUCCAGCCAGACCGUAUGUGCUGGUCUCCUCUCUGAGCUCCAUGCAGGCCUGGCCUCCAAACAACAGCCCCACCACCACCACCACCACCACGGCCACACAGAGUUCAAACCCCCGCUCCCUGUCCACCACCACCACACCUCUACCACCUCAUCCAUCAAACAGGAGAACUGCUACAGCCCCUCUCCAACUCUGUCCCUCUCCAAGCCCCUAUGGAGCAGCAGCAAUAGCAGUAGCAGUAGCAUUAGUAGUUGGGACCCAGCUUCCCCCAUGACAUCCCCCCUCCAGAUCCCCCAGCCACGGUGCCCCCAGCCUGGCUUUGAGAACCUGGAGUUCGCCCGCUUCAUCCACGUAGAGGAUCAACCCAACGGUGGAGCCCUGGUGGCACACGCCUACUGCAGCGAGCUCUCGGCCCUGUCUCCAGCGGAGAUGCAGCAGUUCGCCCAGGAGUUUGUUACCCUAGCCUUCAGCGAGGACACGGCAUCCCAGGCAGCUCACUACGUCAUGGGCAUCAUCCACGGGGCGGCCUCCUACCUGCCAGACUUCCUGGACUACUUCUCCUGGAAGUUCCCCUCGUCGCCGGUCAAGAUGGAGAUCCUGGGGAAGAAGGAUAUAGAGACCACCACCAUGCUCAACUUCCACAAUCAGGUAAAGAGAACGUACAGCCACGGGACGUACCGGGCAGGUGCCAUGCGUCAGAUCAGUCUGGUGGGGGCAGUGGACGAGGAGGUAGGGGAUUACUUCCCAGAGUUCAUCUCUAUGCUGGAGGAGUCGCCCUUCCUAGAGCGGACGCUACCGUGGGGUACGUUCUCCAGUCUGAAGCUGAAGAGUCCAACAGAGAGUGAUGACGGGCCCAUCAUGUGGGUACGACCUGGGGAACAGAUGAUCCCUGUUGCUGACAUACCAAAGUCUCCCUACAUAAGGAGAAGGUCAACCAAUGAGAUCAAGAACCUGCAGUACCUACCUCGGGCCAGCGAGCCUCGUGAGAUGCUGUUCGAUGACCGGACGCGGGCCCACGCUGACCACAUCGGACAGGGCUUCGAGAGGCAGACCACCGCCGCUGUAGGGGUGCUCAAGGCCGUGCGCUGUGGAGAGAGCGCGGAGCCUCCUCGCGUUACCAAAGACGUGAUCUGUUUCCAUGCUGGAGACUUCCCUAAUGUAGUCCAGAGGUUACAACUGGACCUGCACGAACCACCUCUGUCCCAGUGUGUGCAGUGGGUGGACGACGCUAAGCUGAACCAGCUGAGACGCGAGGGGAUCCGCUACGCCCGUAUCCAGCUGUACGACAAUGACAUCUACUACAUCCCUCGUAGUGUGGUUCAUCAGUUCAAGACUGUCUCUGCUGUCUGCAGCCUGGCAUGGCACAUCCGCUUAAAACAAUACCACCAAGAGCCUCCGGCCGAGGAGGAGAGGAAGGUGGACGUGUCGACGCUACGAGUCAAACAGGAGCAGUUUGGGGAUGCCUUGAUGGGAGGGACCACAGCUCCUCUCACGGACCCCAAACCCCCCACAGACAGAGACACUGCCCACCCGGAGGUCAAAGUGGAACCUCAACCUGCGGAUAUAAGGCUGCCCAAGCCCUCUGUCACCUCACCCAUCGCCCCCUACCAACUCCCAUCACCCCCUACCAACUCCCAUCACCCCCCUAACUCCCUCCAAAUCGUCUUUCCAGGACACCAAGCCCAAAUCACAUCACCAUCAUCCCCACUACUACCACCACCACCAUCACGCAGAAUUACAUCAAACCACUACCACACACUCUUCCUUGUCUUCCUCACUCAAACCCUCCCCCACCUCCACCCCCCCAUCCUCUCCCAAACCCAGUCCGUCAUCCUCUUGUACCCCCUCUCCCAAAUCUAGUCCCACUUCUACACACUCUCCCCCCUUCAAACCCAGCCCGGCUUCCAUUCGUACCCCCAGUCCCUCUCCCUCACGCAAACCCUGCCACACCCCUGUCCUUACCCACACCCCUAUCCUUACCCACAUCCCUACCCAUACCCCUACCCUUACCCACACCCCUAUCCCCUUUUUGACGCCCUCCCCUGCACCCCUUCUAUCUUCUUCAAGCCUGGCCUCCAGCCACACAGAGAGCAGGACCCCUACACCCCAGUUCCGGGCCCAACCCCAGCCCAGACCGGACAAACCCCAGGACAAAGACACUUCUCUUUACACAAAGGCCCCAGUCACCCCCCCGGAAACACGUCCUCCUGGCCCCCCGCACCGCUCCUCCCUCUCCUUUAACCACCACCUGCAUGAGCAACAUCAGAAAGACUGUUUCUACUGAUCUUUGUACAUAGUGUUUUAACAUGGCUCUUCGGGGUUCUGUUUUAAUCCCAUCUAAAGGAAGGAGAAGACAGAAAUUAAACCAUGAUAUCAACACGGUGUGUGAUGUAUUCUAAGGAACACGUAAAGCUCUGUUGGGUCUGCAUCCUAAUUGGUGUCCUAUUCCCUAUAUAGGGAUCUACUUUGUGACCAGGGCCCAUAGGAGAGAGAUCUGUUCAAAAGUAGUGCACUAUAUUGGAAAUAGGGUGCCCUUUAGGAUGCACACUUGCUCUGUUCUGUUACCGAAUGAAUACAUUGCAAAUGUAACAUUCCUCAGUGCCUGUCCAUAACUGUGUAGCCUGGUCCCAGAUCAGUUUGUAUUGUCUCAAUGUUGACCGUACAGUAGGAGUUGGCUUGGCAAGAACGCAUAAACUGAUCUGGGACUCAGGCUAAUAUCUGUGAACUGUCAAAGCACUUAGGGCCAGAAGCACUGGUACUCUGCAGGUCUGACAAACAUACAGGUCCUUAAAUAAUAUAUUUUAGUUUUAGGUUAUAGAUGGAUUAUUAUUAGAGCUGACAUUAACAUAUAUAUAUUUUUUGUAAGAUGAUGAGACAUUAUUUUAAAGGAUCCAGGCUUUCUUUUGUUCCCCCUCAGAGGCUUAUUUAUAUCAAGGAAGCUUUUAGUUUUCAUAAUUUUUGUUCGAUUUUAAUUGUCAGCACUGUAGUGUAAAUAACUUUUUGUAAGGAGAAAAACUUGUAGUGUGAUUUCUACAUAAAUAUGGACCUCUUAAUAAAGGUUAAGGUUACGA